UCAUCACCUUUAAGCUGAUAUGGUGAACCAGUGUGAAUCCAGUGUCUAGGAUUUAGGGGGUUAUAUUGGCUGAAAUGGAAUAUCGUAAUAAGUAUGUUUUAUUUAGUGUAUAAUGAGAAUUGUUGUGUUUAUGUUACCUUAAAAUGAGCUGUUUAUAUCUGCAUAGGAAAUGGGUACUCAUCUGUGGAAAUCGCCAUGUUGCUCGGCCAUGUUCCUACAGUAGCCCAGAACAGACAAACCAGUCACUGGCUCCACAACGGGUCGUGGGGGGGCUGGAGCCUAUCCCAGCUGACAUCAGGCGAGAGGCAGUGUACACCCUGGACAGGUUGCCAGACUAUCACAGGGCUGACACAUAGAGAGAGACAACCAUUCACACUUACGGACAAUUUAGAGUUAUCAGUUAACCUAGUCCCCAAUCUGGAUGUCUUUGGACUGUGGGAGGAAGCCGGAGUGCCCGGAGAGAAUCCACGCUGACAUGGUGAGAACAUGCAAACUCCGCACAGAAGGGCUCCCACACCCGGGAUCGAACCGGCAACCCUCUUGCUGUGAGGCGAGAGUGCUAACCACCACACCACCGUGCCGCCCUAAUAUAAAGUUACUGAAUGUAAUUUAUGUAAAGUUACAGAGCUUAGGUUUAGGAAAAAAAACCCUUAAAGUUCAGACAGUUUCCAUCAUCAGUCUCCUGGCGAAAGUCCUCUGUUUUGAGACCCAUCCACCAUCCUAGCCUUCCUCCUUACUGGACCAUUCAGGACACAAUUUUGUGAAUCCUAGAUAAGUGAAGGAAUGACCCACCCUACUCUCCCUAUGAUUGGCUGGUACUCGUUGCCUUUGUUGGCUGGAUUGGUUAGGUUUAGGCAAAAGGAGGACUGGUAGGGUUAGGGUAUGAAAGGCGCUAUAUAAAUAAAGUUUGAUUGAUUGAUUGAUUGAAUGUCAGGGUAAGCCAGUCGGAACCAGGUGGGCUGUCCCUUCGGUAUCCUAGGAUUCACAAAUUCAUGUUCAGUACUGCUUCAUCCCUUACUCUCAUCAUCGCAUUGGUCACAUGAUUGCAGCCUUCCAAAAUACAUAGGUGAUGCACAAAUUACUGGUUCAUGAUUACGUAAGAUAUGAACAAAUUUGGAUGAAUUACUUUUUGUAGAAAAAUGUACGAACAGUGCACCAGAACAGCCUGCGUACUUUCAUGAUGUAAAGUCAUUGCAUAGGCCACUGCAAGCUCUCUGUCAUCUCUGGAUGACAGGGGUGUUACCAGAACUCAUCCAGGAGCACACAGCUGCAAUAUUAGUGGAUCAAAACUCUCUAUUUCCAGCAGUGUGCUCUUCUUUAUUAUACAUCUUCAUAUUGUUUUCCUUUGUUUUGGGUUAGACUGGCGCUCUUUUAAUUAUGCCAUCUUAUUCCCUCUUCUGCAGUGGCACCUGAUGGGAGAAAUGGAAACCCAACAAAUGUGGAGUUGCAGAAAGCCAAAAUGUCUCAGUUAUAGCCACAGCCAUCUUGCAUUAGUGACAUCAUUUAGAGCCAGAGUCCACACACUAGAAAUCUCCAUGGUAUUGAGUUCCAAAUAACUAGCUAUAACCCAGCUUAUCAGAUAGAUGAACAAAUGAACACACAAAAGCAUGAUGAGAACUACCUAAGAUGACAGAAACCAUCUUUGGGAAAAACUUACUUGACAUGUACUUUGAUCUUUUAGUUUGGUCCAUGCCUCAUCUGCUAACAUGGAGGCGGCUGGGUUUAUGACCUGUACUGCAGCCAGUCAUCACGGAGCGAUCGAGACCUUUAUGGGGCGACAAUGUCGUCGUCCAUCUUUAUAUACAGUCUGUGGUUUAGAUAGCUUACACAAACAAGGCAUAUCAUCUAAUUUGUGAUAUUUAGAAGUGCUGUUUGGUGGAUUUUGUUACCUUUUGACAGAGCCAGGCUAGCUAUGUCCCCGUUUCAAGUUGUAAUGCAAAGCUAAGCUAAUCUGCUACUGGCUGUUGCAACAUAUUUAUGCUACAGACAUGAGAGUGGUAUCGAUCUUCUCAUCUAACCCUUGGCAGGAAAGCAAAAUGUAUUCAUAACUAUGUUAUCAAGGGACCUUUUUCACAGAAGACAUCUUGACUUGUCACAGUAGGAAAAGCACUGAUGUAAAUAAUAAAAUUAAUAAUGGCUGAAUUCCAUUUAGCUGCUUCAGUUUCAGGGUCCUGGUAUCGCUCAUUAAAACUGCGGUAAAAAAAGGUCUGUGCUGAUCAACUCUUCUUGCUCACCAACAUGUCUGUUCUCACUUUACAGCACAUCAAAAUUCCAUCGUAUUCUCUCUGGAGCAGCUUGAUUAACUCAGGAAACCAUUUACUGCAAUGUAAUCUAACUCUACAAGGUCUUAAUCUGACCCCAUCGACACACAAACACCUUAAGAGAAGUUAAAUAUCCGUCCGUAGCUCCCGAUGGUCAUUUAUUAUGCCCCCACUGACACCUCACAUCUGACAAAAACACCGCAGCGUGUUCGUCAGCACUGCGUAAUUUCCUGCCAUCAGGGCUUGUGUGGAGAUGUUUUUGUGGAAGUGGGAUGUUGUCGUGUGCCAGAGGCUCAUCAGAGGAUACCAGAGAUCAUAAGCAUGUUCAUGACUGAGUAAUUCCCCCUGGGAGGAAAUCAUUUGGAUGGCAUGCCCAGUGUCAGUUGUCCGUAACAGUGCUUAGACUGAAACCACAGGUAUUACAAUCUUUAUUUCCACUUAAAUCCAACAGAUGUAUUGCUCAUCUUCCUCACUUAAAAACACCUGUUUAAGUCUAGUUUAAAUCCUCAUUUAAUGAUUCCUGGAACAUGAAUUCAUUGCCUUUUACCUUCCUCAGAAUUGCUGCAGCUUUUUUCUCCUGUUGACAUAUUAGUUUUAUCUCUCUGUCUCCUGGGCCCUGCUCCGAGAACAUAUGAUGGCUUUUGAUCUGACCCUUGGGCCGUACUUCCCUCUUCCUUUUCCUUUUACUUUCUGGCAAUGACAGAGUCCACACACCCCGGUGAGGAGAAUCAACUCUAUUUAACCCUCAUUCAGCACACAGGCACAUAAACUGUGCAUCACUUGCCAUCCCUCUUCAUUCGUCCGUCUCAGCUCUGAGCAGUCAUAAAUAUGAUCUGGCUUUGCAUUAUAUCGGCGCUGUCAGUUAGUCCAGUCAUCUCUCAUCAAAAGACUGACACAAACCGCAUCAGUGUUUUCCCAGUGGAGAACCAAAGUAUUGCUGGAGUAUUCCAGGUGAGCGGCUUAAAUUACCUCAACCAGCCUCAGUACGUCUUCAAUGCCUCUGAUGCUCGCACGCUCUGCUUGUCCCUCAAAGUCAACAUUGCCUCAAAAGCACAAGUGCAGGAAGCUCUUAGUAAAGGUUUAGAGACAUGCAGGUUUGGAUGGACUGAUGAACAUCUUGCAGUCAUUCCCCGCAUAAAGGCCGUUUCUACCUGUGGCAAAAACCAGAUAGGCUUGGUGACAUGGCGAGCCCCGGUUACUAAAAAGUUUGAUGUGUUUUGCUUCAAUGAAUCAGAUGCAGCGGCACAAUUGAAGGAUGCAACGACUGAUAACCCUUUGAACGGCAGGGAUUACUCAGGGCAAACUCAUUCUUCUAAAGCAGCAAGCUCCACCCGCACCACGCACUCUACAUCUUCCUCCACCCCUCUGUUUUCUUCCACCUCAAUUCCUAGAGGCAUGGACAAUGAGGCAGUGCCGGUUCCAAUUGUCAGCAGGGCAGAGAGCUCUACUGGAGGAAAGGCUAUACUCAUCACCUCUACUUGUGCCCUUCUCCUUAUUGCAGUAAUCAUCUUUGUAUACAUAAAAAUGAGAAGGAGUCGGAGCUCGGACAUCAAGCAGCAGCAAGACUACAUCCAGACAGAGGAGUGGGUUUGUGUGACAAAAACAAAAGAACCCCAGAAAGGUUCUGAGGAAGAGGAGAGGAUAGAAGUGGGCGACGAUGCACAGAAAGAUGCUGAGGAAGAGGAGAGGAUAGAAGUGGGUGACGACGCAAGUUAGACAUUUUCUGAUGAGACAUUUUUAAGGACAUGGAAAACUACUGAGUAAUAUUGUAUAUUAAGGAUGAUGUGUCCCUUGUUGUUUCCUUUAAAAGGCUUUUUUGUUUGUAUGUGUAUUGUAUGUGUAUUAGUAUUUUCAGUUACUAUUAAAUAGUGCUGUUUAACCACUA